AUGUCAAAAACAUUACAUUCAGAUGAAGUUGUCAGUAAUGUAUUUCUUUUUAUGAUUGCUGGAUAUGAAACAACAUCAACAGCACUUGCAUAUUGUACGUAUAUUUUAGCAACAAAAUUAGAUAUUCAAGAUAAACUUAUAAAAGAAAUUCAUGAAAUUAAAUGGAAUAAUUAUAAUAAUGAAGAUAUUUAUGAUAUAGCUACAAAUCUUCGUUCUCUUGAUUUAUUUGUACGUGAAGUUCUUCGAAUGUAUCCUAUAACAAGUAAAGGACAAAUAAGAAAAUGUAAUCAAACUACAAAUAUAUCUGGUUAUAUUAUUGAAAAAGAUAGUAUUAUUCAACCUGAUAUAUUUAGUAUUCAUUAUAAUCCAAAUUUAUGGGGUCCUGAAGAUCCAAAUCUUUUUAUACCAGAAAGACAUGAAAUAAAACGUCAUCCUAUUGCUUGGAUGCCAUUUGGUGUUGGUCCAAGACAUUGUAUUGGUAUGAAAUUUGCAUUAAUGGAAUUAAAAAUGUGUUUAAUUCAAUUACUUCGACAAUAUCGAAUAUUACCUGGUGAUAAUAUUGAACAAGGAUUUAAACGACAAGAAAAAAUUGUUAUACAACCUGAUGCUAUUUAUGUUAAAUUUGAAAAACAUUCUAUUUGA